CGCUCGCUGCGCUGCUAUUCAUCGCCGUCUUCUUCCCCUCCUCGAAUCAGUUUGACCUUGCCACUGUCGCCACCGUCGCCUGCGUCUACGAGUGCCUCGUGCUCCCCGUCGGCUCGCUUCGCGCCGGAGGCCGCUUCCGCGCGAGAACGAGCCUCGCGCUCUUCCUGGGUCUGGCCGUGGCGGCUGCGAUGUGGUGCGACGCGCUCGCGGACGGCGCGCAGCCUCUCGACGCCGCCCUCGCGUCGCCUUGGCUCAUGGCCUCGACCCUCGCCCUCCUCGUCGGAGGCGGCGCCUGUCUGCUCGCGCGCCUCACGGCGCCCGUCAGCUCUCGCGCAGUCGCCCCCGAGGCCGGCAUGUCGUACUCCUCGCCGUACGUGAGUAUGGAGCACCACAAGCUCUCGCCUGUCGCAAAGCGGCUGCUUUCCUGAUGACCGCGACCGCGGGUAACCACUCCUCCUUUCCCCUCUCGCCCACGAGCCUCAGCUUUGUGGCAGGUGGCCACCCCACCCCUCCCCCACACGUUCCGCCCUCCCUGCAUGCCCCUCGCUGGUGCUCAGAGCUCGGUGGUAGUCGCCGCGCCUCCUCUCUAGCACGAACACCGAAACCACGGGAGGGAGCGCUGCGCGUGCGCCUCUCGGCUCGACUCGCUCUGCGCUCUCGCAGCUGUCCGAUCAUCCGGUAAAGCUAAAGGGGAGAUACAGGCGCGCCGUGUCUUUUACGUAUAGACAUAUCCAUGU